AUGGAUUCCUUGGCAGGGACCGCCGGAAGCCGUGCUCUCCUGGCAGACGGAAGUGGUGCCAGUCUGUCUGCCAGUGCAGAUCCGGGCUCUAGCAAUCUCCAAUUUAAUUCGCCUCUGCGCCUUCUUUUGCCUCCCUCUUCACUGCAGCUAUCACUUCACCACCACCACCACCACCUACCUCCCUUCUGCAGUCGUCCCUUUGUUCGAUCUCGCUUGCACAGCUUGGCUUUGUUGUUGCAAGCAAGCAGAAUGAACUCCACCGCCGUUCUGACGCCAAUGGCGCAGGACACGUACUGGGGCUCCUUCGAGGAGAUCUCCAAGUACAACGUCUCACUCAACUACUUCGAGAAGAUGUGGCUGGCCUGGUACACAUGGAUGGGCAACGAUGUCUUGGCUACCGGCAUCAUGUCCUUUGUGAUCCAUGAAGUCCUCUACUUUGGGCGAGCGCUGCCAUGGAUGAUUAUCGACUGCCUGCCUAUGUUUAGGAAGUACAAGAUCCAGCAGGACAAGAUCCCCACCGCCUGGGAGCAAACACAGUGCGCGCUUCUCGUCCUCCUUUCUCACUUCACCGUCGAGCUUCCUCAGAUCUGGCUGUUCCACCCUAUGUGCCAGUACUUCGGCCUCGAGACCAGCGUUCCGUUUCCUCCCCUGUAUAAGAUGGCCUACCAGAUCGCCAUCUUCUUCGUCAUGGAGGAUGCGUGGCACUACUGGGCCCACCGUCUGAUGCACGCAAGCUCCUUCCUCUACAAGAACAUCCACAAGAUCCACCACCAAUACUCGGCUCCCUUCGGUCUGGCUGCUGAGUACGCCUCCCCCAUCGAAGUCAUGGUUCUCGGUUUCGGUACUGUUGGAUGCCCCAUCGUCUGGUGCGCAAUCACAAAGGACCUCCACAUCCUCACCAUGUACUCCUGGAUCGUCCUCCGCGUGUUCCAGGCCGUCGAUGCGCACAGCGGCUACGAGUUCCCCUGGAGCCUGCACCACUUCCUUCCAUUCUGGGCUGGCGCUGAGCACCACGACGUUCACCACGAGAAGUUUAUUGGCAACUACGCCAGCAGCUUCAGAUGGUGGGACUUCUGCCUUGACACCGAGGCCGGUGCCGAGGCCGCCAAGGCGAGGAGAGAGAAGAAGUUGGCCAAGGCCAAGGCGCAAGCCAGAAAGGCUCAGUAA